AUGAUCAAGUGCCUGAUGACCGGCAUUGAUCCCUUGUUGGACUACAACAACCAUGGCUCCUACUGUGGCUUGGGGUGCUCGGGCACUCUUGUGGAUGAGUUAGACAGAAACGACCCCUACACAUUCUUCUACUCAUACUCAUGCUCUGGGAAUGAGUUCACCUACAGUGACAAAAACAAGCUCCAUGAGGCCUUCAUCUGCUACCGUGACCAUGAAGCUGCCAUCUGCUUCUUCCAGGCUCCAUACAAUAAGCAAUACAAAGGCAAUUCCUGUUAG